AGAACUCGGGAAUUGACGAGAAAGCCUUCAGUUGAAAGGAUUUAUCAACUUGUCCCCCUCAACAUUUCUCGCCGACGAAGUGAAAAAGCCGCCUUGUCACCCUUUUUUCUUGGCUCUUUCAUCUAUUCCUUCUGUCUUCUUCUAUUGAAUUCCGAUAGACUUUCUUUUGUUAUUGGCUGUUGUUUCCUAAACAUUUUCAGUUUUUGACGUAGUGGCCCUGUUUGGACGCGUACAGUGUCGUCCAGGCAGUUGGAUUUUUUACAUCAUAGAAAAGGCCUCUGCCGCCGGAGAAUUUGUAUUCUUAUUCCUUGCCCCCUCGGGUCUAAACUCCAUUCCCAUGAAAUCCACACAGUUGAAAACAACAAACCAUGAGCCCAGUCAGUGAAGUGGAGGGGUACUGUCUACGCUGGAACAACCACCACGGAACCCUGAUUGAUGUCCUUCAAUCCCUCUACCAGGAGCAGAGUUUUGUUGAUUGCACCCUUGCCGCAGACGGCAAAUCAAUCCAAGUUCACAGACUAGUACUCUGCGCUGUAUCUCCAUAUUUUCAGGAACUUCUAUCCAGCGACAGUGACAAACAAGCCAUCAUCUUCCUGAAGGAUAUCCCCUUUCAUCACCUUCAAGCGCUGGUUCACUACAUAUACCACGGUGAGGUUAACAUAGCUGAAGACCAACUUGCAGAUCUACUCAGCACUGCAGAGUCCCUGCAAAUUAAGGGUCUUACCGACAGUGAUUGUAAGAUGAACAAUAUUGAGCAGAGGAACCCUGAUGACCUCGCUGAAAGUCUUCGCCUGAACCAGAUAGGACAGAGCAUCAACAUCACUGAAACCUCCUGUGAAGCCAGCUCGCCCGAUUCGUGUGAAGUCGCUGCAACCCUUGUGGCCCAGGGACCGUCACCGAGCCUAACCUCAGCCACCCUGUCUCUUCCCUUUAUGACAACAACGUCAACAACUUCCUUGCACUCGUUACAACAGCCUAUCUACUCGGCCAACCCCAUGGCUUCCCAGGCAAACAAUAACGGCGUGGCUUUCUCGGUGGCGCCCAAGCUGGACACCGAGAACGACGGAAGUGCGGCUAGUGAGAACGAGGAAUGGAGUGACGCUGACCUGACAGGACCUACGACACCUCACCAGGCGCAACCUCAUCAAACACAAUCCCACCAAACACAAGCUCAUCAAACACAGGCACACCAAGUUACGGCUGCUGCCGUCGCUGCAGCGGCUGUAGCCGCACAGUCGUUCGCUUCCACGACGCCAUACCCUCACGUUCCUUGGGGAGAGAGUCUGGCAGCUGCAGCAGCCGCCGCCAUUGCCUCUACCUCUUCACUUGCUGGCCCGUCAGGAACACUAGGAGUUUACAAUAUUCAAGCACCAUCAACUGCGCCACCCGUCAUUGCUCCAGUUCGUGGCAAACAACGUAACAGUCGCCGUCCAUCUCGACCGUCAGGCAAUUCGACUUCAGCCACCCUGAUCCAAGACAAACCGUAUGUGUGCCCACGCUGUGGUCGGUGCUACUCGCGACGCGGUGCUCUUAUUCAGCACCAGCGCUACGAGUGCGGGAUCGAGCCGCAAUUUUCCUGCCCCAUGUGCCCCUACAAGAUAAAACGCAAGGACAGCCUCAACCGGCAUAUUCGCAAUAUGCACCACAAUCAGAAUACCAACUAACGUGACUGUGUGUAGCCGCCAUUACGACGUGUGCACGCGUGCGUGCGUGUUAGAUAUACAAACAAAAUUUAAUACAGAGGCAACCGUUUCCUCCUCCUUCAACACAGCUCUUUACGUGUCCUUAGGUGCCUGUUUGUUAGUGUCGAAGUGACUAAGUGAAACUAAAAGUGAAACGUUGAAACUUUAUAAAGUUUUUUUGUGCACUGAUCCUUUUUUUUUCUAGUGAAGAAUUCCUUUUUUCUUUUGUCUGAGUGUGGUUCUUUUUUUAAAAUUGUAGAUGAUGUGCCGGUUCAGUGAUUUCAUUCAUUCGAUGGCGCUUUAAAAAAAGUGCUUUUCUUCUGUCCUUUUGUGUGUUGGAGCGGAAGUUUCUAGCCUCCUUGAAGAAUUGGCCUCUUUUGUUUCCCAUUUUUCCAUUAUUUUUUUCCUGGGAGUUCAGCUCUUGGAAGGACUGAAAUUUGUUCCGUUCCGUGAAUUGUUUUUUUUUUUUUGUAUUGUUUUGGGGAAUCUCUUCGCCGUUGAUGGUGUUUGAGAAAGUAAAGGAAAAAUGUUGGUAAAUUCUAUGUCCAAUCUUUGCAAUGAGUUAACUUUAUUAUUAGAAUCAUUUUCCCCGUGCCCCCUCCACCUCCACAGCACACACUUCAUUCCCCACCCCACUUGGACACAAAUUGUCUGAUAAUUGAUAAAUAAAAUUUGAAGAAAAAAGUCCCUCAAUUUCAAAUGAAAAUCCACGCAAAUUUAUGAACGAAUAAAUUGUGGCUUUGAACUACA